AUGGAGCCUUCCACUGCCAUAGUAGUCGGUGGUGGUGCCGGCGGUGUCGCUGUCGCAGCGCGCCUCGCCAAAAAGGGCUACAAAGUGACAGUGGUGGAGAAGAACGCAGACAUCGGUGGACGCUGUUCUCUAAUGCAAGAGAAUGACUAUCGCUUCGACCAAGGCCCAUCCCUCCUUCUCAUGCCGUCGUUCUUCCACCAAAUAUUUCAAGACCUAGACACCUCCAUCUCCGCUGAAGGCAUCACCCUCCGCAAAUGCGACCCUAGCUACCGCAUCUGGUUCCCAGACCACGACCACAUUGACUUGUCCACUGACAUUCCAUCGAUGAAAGAGCAGAUAGAGGCCUACGAAGGACCGCACGGAUUCGAAGGAUUCCUACGCUUCCUGGUUGAAUCCGGUCGACAUUAUACCUUGUCCUGUGAACAUAUCUUGCACCGUAACUUCGCGACCAUCUGGAGUCUCGUCCGCUGGGACCUUCUCCUCGCUUUACCCAGACUCCACGUCUUCGAGAGUAUAUAUACUCGUGCGAGUCACUACUUUCACUCAGAUAAACUCCGCCAGGCAUUCACGUUCGCCAGUAUGUAUCUGGGUAUGAGCCCGUUUGAUGCUCCGGCGACAUACUCUUUGCUACAGUAUACGGAAAUGGCAGAUGGAAUAUGGUAUCCUGUUGGUGGAUUCAGAACUAUCCUCGACGCCCUGGUCAAAAUCAGCAUCCGCCACAACACCACAUACAUCCUCAACACGCCCGUAACCUCCAUCGCCCUCAGCGACGACCACAAGCACGCAGCCGGCGUGCAUCUCUCCAGCGGCAAAUUCCUCCCAGCAGACAUCGUAAUCAUCAACGCGGACCUAACCUACACAUACAACAACCUCCUCCCGAAAACCACCUACAGCGAAUCCCUCCAAAACAAACCGACCUCAUGCAGCAGCAUCUCCUUCUACUGGGGGUUGGACACCACCCUCCCGAACCUCCAAUCCCACAAUAUAUUCCUCCCCCCUUCAUCAAAAUACAAGUCCAGCUUUGAUGCCAUCUUCAAAAACCACCAAAUCCCCGAACAUCCCUCAUUCUACCUACACAUCCCAAGUAGAAUCGACCCCUCAGCUUCACCACCGAACACAGACGCUAUCGUCGUCCUAGUACCUGUCCCUCACCUCCUCUCUUCAACAUCCUCCUCCUCAUCACCAACAUCCCCAUUAAACCCCCACAACGCAACCGCCUACUGGCACACCACCACCCAAACCAUCCGCGCCUUGAUCCUCUCCACUAUCCACGACCUCACAGGCAACGACAUCGAACCACACAUCGUAUGCGAAAGGAUCGAAACCCCACUGACGUGGAAGGACAAAUACAAUCUUGAUCGCGGGGCGAUACUCGGUCUUUCGCAUUCGUUUCUUAAUGUCUUGUGCUUUAGACCCAGGAUUCAGCAUGAGAGUAUCCAGGGGUUGUUUUUCGUUGGGGCCAGUACGCAUCCGGGGAGUGGGGUGCCGGUUGUGCUUGGGGGGAGUGGGGUUGUUGUUCGGGUUAUUGAGGAGUGGGAUGAGUGA